AUGCCCGUCAUGUCCCCGUCAAUGCUUGGCUCUAUCUUCCUGCACUUCACGCUUCGAGCCGCCGCUACAGUUCCAGACAUCAAGCCUGCCGUGGAGUUCGUUGCCGCGACAGCAGCCGCAGGAGCACUGCUUCAAAGCACGGAGGUGCAGCAGUUGACCGAAGACGUUGUGACUCUCAUAGUCGAUCACGAGACGACAGCCGAGUACGCGUCUUACUUUACCUUUGGAGACAAUCCUGUCUCUCCUCCAACUCAGCCUCAAGCACGCGCAGCUUGCAAAGCUUUUCCUGGCGAUCCAAGCUGGCCAAGGGAUGAAGUAUGGGGCGUCUUUGAUCAACUACUCGGAGGAGCUCUGGUCCCAACAAAACCUUUGGGAGCUCCCUGUUACGACUCUAAAUGGGGUGCAAGAAAUGACAUUGAGUGCGCCAAUAUCAUCAAGAAUUCUACAAAUGCCAACUUCCUUAGCGCCGACGCCACUGCCAAUUACUGGCCCAUCUUCCAAGGACGCACUUGUCAGCCAAGAAACGAGACAUCUGGUUCCGAAUGUACUAUCGGAGGCUACCCGGAGUAUGCGAUAAACGUGACUAGCGUUGCGCAAAUUCAGCUUGCGGUCAAUUUUGCUUGUGCAGCCAACUUGCGCUUGGUGAUCAAGAACACUGGGCAUUGCUAUCUUGGAAAGUCGUUGGGGGCCGGUGCACUCAGCCUAUGGAUGCACAAUAUGAAGGACGUUGAAUAUUUGCCCAAGUACGAAGGACCUGGAUACUCUGGUCCCGCUAUGAAGUUAGCCGCCGGCGUUAGUGUCCGAGAAGUUUACGAGGUUGCUGAACAGAACAACGUUAGCGUCCUAGGUGCAGUUUCUUGGAGCGUAGGGUACGCUGGUGGCAUGAUCACCGGGGGAGGUCAGAACCCCCUUGCGGGCAUCUACGGAAUGGCCGCCGACCACGUUGUCGCUUUUCAGAUCGUGACUGCUGAUGGCCGUUUCCGAACUGUUUCCGAAAAGGAGAACCCCGAUCUGUUCUGGGCUCUCCGUGGUGGCGGCGGCGGGACUUUUGGUGUCAUCACAUCAGUCAUCAUCCGCGCACAUCCUCGGAUGAAUGUGGUGACGGCAAAGUGGACACUCGAUGCUUCCAAUAAUAGCAUCGACCAGUUUUGGAAGGGCGUGAGAAAGUUUUACGACGAGUUCCUCAACUGGACUGACGCCGGGCUGUAUUCCUUCUACAUCAUGUGGCCGACACCGCAGCUCAGCAUGAACUAUAUGUUUGCCCCGAACCACACUCUGGACUCCUACAACGAGGUCGUAAGCCCUUUUUUCGAAUACCUCGAGGCGAACAACAUCACUUUAUCAGUACCGCAUCAAUCUACGGCACAUACGUCUUUCUACUCGGCUUACCAGGCGACAUGGGGUGCAAACCAGUUUCCCGUUGGUGUUGACACGUCGCUUCCCGCGAAUCGACUGGUGCCCCGCCGAAACUUUGUCGAGAAAUAUGAGGAGACCUAUGCCCUCAUCAAAUCCCACGUCUCAUCCGGCAAGCACUUUCUGGGUUAUCACAACGCACCUGGUAACGCGGGCUCAAGUGUCGGAAACCAGAACAAUGCCGUCAACCCCGCCUUCCGCGAGAUGGUCUUUUUCCUGGUGACCUCUUCAAACCGUACAGCUGAUCACUCGACCCCCGCCGCUCUGGCUGCUCAAAAUAUGUAUCUCCAGGAACAGGUUCUCCAACCAUGGCGCGAAAUUGCCCCGGUCUCCGAAGGGGGCGGCACAUAUCUCAACGAAGCCAGUGUCGAGGAGUCUGACUGGCAGGAGAGUUUCUAUGGAGGGAAUUACCCAAGACUUAGUCAGAUCAAGAGAAGGUGGGAUCCUAAUGAUGUCUUCUAUGCAGUCACUGCGGUGGGGAGCGAGAGGUGGAUUGUGUUGGACGGGGACCAGGGCGUGCAGACACAGAACGGAAGAUUGUGCCGUGUAUCUUCCCCAGAGGACAGGCUGUAA